UCUCUCUCUCUCUCCCCAUUUUCUCUUUUGAGCUCGGAAGGUUUUGGCUUCUGAUUCUUAAACUUGUAAUGAAUCCGUUUUACCAGUAGCUUACUCACAUAUUCUUAUCACCAUUAUUCUAUUCACCAAACUCAAAUGUUUUUAUCUAUUUUCCUUCCUAUCUCUCUCUCUAAAAUAAAGUAAACUGAAAAAGAGAAGACAAGAAGAAAGUAUAUAACUCCACCAUGAAUGCUGCCUUGCUUCCUUGACACCCAUUUUUAUUGCUUUUUUUUCGUUUUUCUCUUUCUCUGUGUAAGCCCAUCAUUCAUAACUUAACAAAAACUGACCUACCAAGCAAAGAAGCCAAAAGCAAAAACAUGGUUCAACACUGUUGGCCAUGAAUGCUAUUUUGCUUGAAAAGCACACCUCUAUAUUCUCUACACCUUAUCCCCUCCCCCCUCGUUUUUCUUUGCUGUUCCUUUCUCAGGUUUUUCAUCAGUUUUAGCAAAGAAACAAUACCCAGAUUCCAAAAUUUCAUAUAUAUAUAAAUUUCAAAUGUGUAAAAGUCCAUCUCAACAAGACCAUGAAACCAUGCCAAUUUUUGAAGCUUUUAAAAAGUUCAAGCGUUUGAGACUCUUUGAGCCGUCUUUGGGGGUUCUUGGCUUCUUCUUUGUUGCUGUUUGCGUGAUUUGUAGUUUCUUUUACUUGGAUUACAGAGCUGUGGCUAGAGGGUAUAGAGUUCCUAGUCAGUCAAAGAGAUUUAUGUGGCUUAAACUUGAUGGGUAUUCUUCGAGUGAGAUUAAAAAAGUUGAUUUCUUGAGCCAGGAAGGUGAAGGGUGUGAUGUGUUUGAUGGUGAUUGGGUGUGGGAUGAAAGGUAUCCUCUUUAUGAAUCCAGAGAUUGCAGCUUUCUUGAUGAAGGAUUUAGGUGUACUGAAAAUGGAAGACCAGAUUUGUUCUAUACCAAAUGGAGAUGGCAGCCUAAGCAUUGUAACCUUCCCAGAUUUGAUGGAAAAGUGAUGUUGGAGAAGUUGCGAAACAAGCGAUUAGUUUUUGUUGGUGAUUCAAUUGGAAGAAAUCAAUGGGAAUCCCUCCUCUGCAUGCUUGCUUCUGCUGUUCCCAAUAAAGAUUCGAUAUAUGAAGUGAACGGCAGCCCAAUUACAAAGCAUAAAGGGUUCUUAGUAUUCAAGUUCAAGGAUUAUAAUUGCACCGUGGAGUACUACAGAGCUCCCUUUCUUGUCCUGCAGAGCAGGCCUCCCGCUGGAUCUUCACAAAAGAUCAAGACAACACUUAAAUUAGAUCAAAUGGAUUGGAAUUCUAUUAGGUGGAAAGAUGCAGAUGUGUUGGUCUUCAAUACUGGGCAUUGGUGGAAUUAUGAGAAGACCAUACGAGGGGGAUGUUACUUUCAAGAAGGGGAAGAGGUCAAAUUGGAAAUGACAAUAGAUCAUGCAUAUCAAAGGUCCAUAGAGACUGUGAUGCAGUGGGUACAUAAUGAGGUGAAUACAAGCAGGACCAAAGUCUUUUUCCGCACAUUUGCACCUGUACAUUUCAGAGGAGGAGAUUGGAAAACUGGGGGAAGCUGCCACAUGGAGACACUGCCAGAGCUGGGGACAUCGUUGGUGCCAUCUGAAACUUGGGAACAAUUCAAAAUAGUCAGUGGUGUGUUAUUGGCUUACUCAAAUGCAUCACGGGCAAUGAAAUUUGACAUAUUGAAUGUCACUUGUAUGACAGCACGAAGGAAAGAUGGCCACUCAUCUCUGUACUAUUUGGGUCCCAAGGAAAGCCCUGCACCACUUCAUCGGCAGGACUGCAGUCAUUGGUGUCUGCCCGGAGUGCCUGAUGCAUGGAAUGAACUACUCUAUGCAGUGUUCCUUAAACAUUAUAUUAAUCAUACAUUCAACUCAUCAACAUACGAAGCACAGGUUUGAUUGAGAUGAAGCCUCUAAUUUAUACACCUAUACGAACAGAUGCACAGAAAUGACUCGGACUUCCCCACAAAGACAAAAUGGGAGAUAGUUUAGAAUGAAUUUUGCCAUAGUUCAAGGGUAAAUUUCAAAAGUGGAUCAAUGAUUUUGGCAGUGUUUGAUUAUGAAGUAAAACUUUAUUGUUUUUUUUCCCAUUUGGCUAGAUAGUUGCUAUAGAUUCAAGGAGCCCCAAUUUCAAGGGCAGUUAGUGGGCACGGAUUCUGCCUGUGGGAAUAAAGCUGUAGGACAAGUUCACACAUGAGCAUCCUGUUGAGAUCAUCUGACAUAUUCCUUGGGAAAGAAAAUGUAAUUAUAUUCCUUUUUUUUUUUGUAUUUAACUUGUAUAAUGAAUCAAAAUUAUUAAUCACUAGACAGUUGGUGAGCACUAAUUCUAGUGCCUUGUGAUAUUCA